CGCAAAGGCUGUUGGGACUCCGCUGUCAUGGCUCCCAACAUAAACAGAAACCUGUGAAAAACGACACUUUUUAUUGCAGCUUUUAGCCAAACUGACUACAGCUACGUUUUACCUGUCAACUCAAGAGAGAAACGGAAGGGAGGAAAACAUGUCCGGAGGAAACAAAGCCGUUGAGCUGCAGCUUCAGAUGCGGCAGAACGCGGAGGAUCUGCACAGUUUCAUGAAGGAGCUGGAGAGCUGGGAGACGGACAUCAAGAGGAGGGACGAGGAGCUUAGGACCGGAGGAGCCCAGGAGGUUCAGAAAAACCUCCCACCUGUGCGCAACAAGGACUACAAAAACAAAAAACGUGAAAAGAAGAAGAAGACGGAGCUCAGUGUCAAUGGUGACGCAAAAGUGGAAGAGACCAAACGGGCAUCGAGGAUAAAAGCAUACGACUAUCGAUCAUGGGACAAGUUUGAUGUGGACAAAGCUCUGGAAGAAAUGGAUAACGAGGAAUGUCACGAGUCAAAUGAGUCAGACUCUGAGGAAGCUGCAGUUGAUCAGGAGAAAGCACUGGCAGAGAAGGAAAAGGGUAACAAGUUUUUUAAAGAUGGGAAAUACGAUGAAGCCAUUGAAUGUUACACCAGAGGAAUGGGUGCGGAUCCUUACAACCCUGUGCUUCCCACAAACAGAGCUACCUCCUUCUUCAGACUAAAAAAAUAUGCCGUAGCAGAGUCCGACUGUAACCUGGCAAUUGCUCUUGACGGCAACUAUGUCAAAGCCUUUGCACGGAGAGGAGCAGCUCGGGUUGCACUGAAGAAAUAUGAAUCUGCAUUAGAAGAUUACGAGACGGUCCUCAAGCUCGAUCCCAGAAAUGUGGAGGCACAGAAUGAAGUGAAGAAAAUCAAAGAGGAGACCUCUGGACAUCAGGCUGCUACUGUCCAGAGUGAAGCAACGUUACAAGAGGAGGCUCCCACAGUGGAUCCUGAUAAGCAGAGACUGGUGGAGGAUCAGCAGAGAAGACAGGAGGCGGUUCUCCAGAAAGACAGAGGAAAUGCUUAUUUCAAAGAAGGAAAAUUUGAAGCAGCUGUCGAGUGCUACACCAGAGGAAUGGAGGCCGACAGCAUGAAUGUCCUUCUGCCUGCCAACAGAGCCAUGGCCUUCCUCAAACUUGAGAAGUAUAGGGAGACAGAGGAGGACUGCACUAAAGCCAUUUCCCUGGACAGCACUUACUCCAAAGCUUUCGCUCGCCGAGCAACAGCCAGAGUGGCUUUAGGAAAACUGGAAGAAGCCAAACAAGAUUUUCAGCAGCUGUUGAAACUGGAACCAGGAAACAAACAGGCCCUGAAUGAACUCCAGAAGCUGCAGAUUGACUCCACGGGUCUUCUUCAAACAGAGGAGAGCUCACAGCGGAGAACAGUCCAGCCAAUAGACAAACCAGAACAUCUGCGCUCAACUAAACCUCUGAGGAGGAUAAAUGUCGAGGAAAUCAGUGGAAAAGUGACGCUGCCUGAAUCAGUCGUCCAGGAGGUGAUGAAGGAAACUGAGGAUGGAUCGUCUCCGCUGUCCACAUCGCCAAGCGCCAAGAUCAUCAAACUCGAGGCAAUUUCAGGCUCUCCCUCCCUCACAUCUGACCAAUUUCCUGCAAGUAAACCAACCAAAGAAGCAACAAAGGAGGAAAUAGUUCAUCCCGUUGAACCAUCAACCACAGAAACGGAGCUUCCUCCUCCACCAACCAACAGUUUCCAGCUGGAGGCCGACUUCCGCAAGAUCAGAAAGCAGCCUCAAGUCAUUUACAGAUACCUGAGGCAAAUCACCCCUGAAGCGUACGCUAAGAUUUUCCACAACUCCCUCGAACCUGACAUCCUCAAUCAGAUCCUGAGGACGAUGCAGGAGUUCUACAUCAGGAAUGAAGCUCCGGCCGUCACCAUGGAAACCCUCAGCAGCCUAGCGAGCGUGAGGCGCUUCGACAUGGCCGUCAUGUUCAUGUCGUCCUCGGAGAAGAAAGUUCUUAAAGAAUUGUUUGACUUUCUUCACCGAGCCGAGCUGGACAGAUCGUCUAUCGCCGCCUUACAGAAGAAAUACGGCGUGUGACUCAGAUUUUAGGCAAAUUUGCAGCCUCCUUGACAGUCUUAGGAUUUCAAAGCCAAUUAAACAAUUUAGUUAUAUUCUAAUACCUGAAUAAACUUUGAAUCGGUUCACUUCCACUGAACAGGACUGCUGAGCCAUCGGGAA